UGGCAAAGUUUCAUGUAAACGGUUAUUUAUUUAUUGCGUCGACUCUAGGCUAAGAAUUUCAACGAAUAUUACGAUGUAAUCAGCCGAUCGCUUUACAGGAAGAAGGAAGGGGACUACACCGACGUUACUUUAAAAAAGUAGAGCGUUUUGGCGUAUAUUUUAAAAAAAUUCCGGCUAAAUUGAAGGUCUAUUUAUGAAGCGCCGGUCGAAGGCUAUUAAGCCUUUCGUGGUUUCUAAGCUAAAUAUAUGGAAAUAACCAAAUUGGGCCAAAUAUAUUGCUGCGGAGAAGAAACUAUAUUAAAAGGAGUUUCCGAUUUUGUUAAAGACUGCUUGGAAAAUGUCCGGGGACGCGGAUACGUCCGUUCAAGUUGCUUUAAGGAUUCGUCCACAAAGUGCGUCUGAAAAGAUUGAAAUGUGUCGAGUUUGCACGAAUGUCACACCGGACCAUCCGCAAGUUAUUUUGGGCAAAGACAAAGCUUUCACCUACGACUUAGUCUUCGAUAUCACGUCCAAACAAUUUGAAGUUUAUCGAGAUUGCAUAGAGGGCCUUAUCGAGGGGUGUUUUGAAGGGUAUAACGCCACAGUUUUGGCUUAUGGACAGACUGGUGCAGGGAAGACAUACACAAUGGGCACUGGGUUUGAUGUUAACAUCAGUAAAGACGAAGAAGGAAUCAUCCCGAGAGCCGUAAGUCACUUGUUUGAUGGUAUUGAGAAAAGAAAACUGGCAGCGAAAGAAAAUGGUGAACCUCCUCCUGACUUCAAAGUUAAUGUCCAAUUUAUGGAGCUUUACAAUGAAGAAUUGAUUGAUCUUUUUGACAGUGAAAGCAGAGGUUCAGGAAAACAUAUAAAGAUUCACGAGGACACGAAUGGUGGAAUUUAUACUGUCGGCGUCACAAUGAAACAAGUCAAUUCCGCUAAAGAGACUUUGAACAACUUACAGCAGGGUGCGUUGUCUAGGACAACAGCCAGCACAAACAUGAAUGCCCAGUCAUCAAGAUCUCAUGCAAUUUUUACACUCCACAUAACGCAACAACGUGUUGUGAAGCUCAACAACGACGAAACGGUAUCCAACGGUGUCCAAGGUAAAGGUUUCGAGUACGAAAUGCUGACAGCAAAGUUUAACUUCGUCGAUCUGGCUGGAUCCGAGCGACUGAAGAGAACUGGGGCAACAGGUGACCGAGCAAAGGAAGGAAUAUCAAUUAACUGCGGUCUGUUGGCAUUAGGGAACGUGAUUAGUGCAUUAGGAGACAAGGCAAAACGUGGCACUCAUGUACCUUAUCGUGACUCGAAGCUCACAAGAUUGCUGCAAGAUUCUCUAGGAGGAAACAGUCGUACGCUGAUGAUCGCUUGUGUGAGUCCGUCGGAUCGGGACUUCAUGGAAACAUUGAACACGCUCAAAUACGCAAACAGAGCCAGAAACAUUAAGAACAAGGUUGUCGUAAAUCAAGACAAGGCAAGCAAACAGAUCGCCACUUUGCGAGCGGAAAUCCAAGCUUUGACAAUGCAGUUGAACGAAUUCAAACAGGGUAAGCGUGUUGCUGGGGAGGGCGAGGCUCACAUGAGUGAUAUGUACCAUGAAAACACUAUGUUACAGGCUGAGAAUGACAAACUGCGUAUGCGUAUCAAGGCUUUGAAUCUUACAGUGGAUGGCCAGAAAAAGCGAAUCACAGAGUACAUGGCAAACAAAAGUAUUGCCAUGUUGAAUGGAGAACUGAAAGGCGGUGUCGAGGAAUUGAUUUCUGGCUAUAUUGAGGAAAUCGAAGAAUUAAGGAGUCGGCUACUAGAGAGCGAAGCGAUGGCCUCGGCCGUAGCACGUCGAUCAGUUACGACACCAUCUCGUAUGGGGCGAGCAAGUAUCGAUGCACCUGCCGAAUCUAUCCUAGAGAUUGCAAAACAAGACCUCAAUUCGCAGAUGAAGAAAGCUAAGGAAUUGCAAAGUAUGGUUGUCGAGGAUAAAAAGCCUGAAGUACUGGAUCUAGGCAGCGACGGUGAGAAGGAGAGUGGGGAUGAGAGUCAAUCUGAAGAGGAGGAAGAAAAUGAAGAAGAAAAUGAAAAAAUAGGAAGUUCAUCAAACGAAAGUGAGGAUGGAGAUGAAGAAGCUGAACGGGAUGAAAGAGAAGAAAAUAAAGAUACGGAAAUACUGCGGGAAGACUUAGCCGGGCUAUCGACAGAAAUCAGCAUCAAGCAACAGCUUAUUGAGGAGCUUGAGAACAGCCAGAAGCGACUCAACAACAUGAAACUUCAUUAUGAGGAAAAACUGAGCUUGCUCGAGCGGAAAAUCAAGGAGACUGAGACAGAGCGCGACCGGGUACUGGAAACUAUACACGAGCACGACAAGGAAGCGGCGCAGCAGAGUCAGAAAGUGAAAUCAGAGUAUGAGAAAAAGAUUAACGAUUUUAAAGAUGAACUGAAGAAAUUACAGUCUGCGAAGAGAGAACACAACAGACUUAUGAGAACUAAGACUCAAAACGAGAUGCAGCUAAAAGGACUCACUCGAGAUCUGGACGAACUAAAGAAGACUAAAGUGAAACUUAUGCGUCAGAUGAAGGAAGAAAUAGCAAAAAACAAGCAACGCGAAGCUGAACGAGACAGACAGAUCUCUCAGCUCAAGAAAGAAAACAGAAAACGUGAAAUCCAAUUUAAGAACAUGGAAUCAGAGAAGCGACAGAAAGAGCUCGUAUUGAAGCGAAAACAAGCGGAGGUGAAGCAACUUCGUCAGCAGCAAAAACCAAUCUCUGGAAAACUUGGUAAACAACGAAAAUUGAAUCCUGUCCCUGCCGUACCAGACCUUUCCCUCUCGUCAACGGCCAGCAUGGUCGUGUCGGGCACAGGAGUUGAGGUGCAACCAGUGGAAAGAUCAGAGCGCGCUAACGGUCUCGCGCGAAACGUGCGUGGUUUGAAUAAUUCCAAGACCACGCGAGUGAUCGGUAAAGUUGCACUCAGCCCUCGUAAAAGGCUUUCCUCGUCUCAAGUUAAAAAGACGUGGGAGACCAUCGAGAAACAGAUUGAACGUAUCGUUGCCCAUAAUCAAACGGUGUGUACAAUGGAGUCAGAUAUGGAUCGCUGGAUAAAAGACCGAGAUAUGUUGAGCAAGAAGAUUGAAAACUGUAAUAAAAAACUGGAAGAGGCGAAGUCCGGCAAUGACGACAACACAACGCGAGAUUUAAAUGAACAGUUGGACGCUUUCAAAGCUCAUCUGGACUAUGUUCAAGACAACAUCACCGAGGCACAGACUGAGAUUGCAGAUCUUGAGGAUGGAGGAGAAACCACGGAGAUUACAGAAGUAAUAACAAGUUGUUCAACACAUGAAGCAAGACUACUGAUGGAACAUUUCUUAAAUAAAACCAUUCAAUUGAGCAAAGAGACUGUUUCAAAAGAUGCAACCGUGAAGGAAUUGGAAACUAAAUUAGAGGCAUUACGUCAGCAUAGUGAGUUGCAACAGGACCUGGUCAUGAACCUGUUGCGACAUCCUGGCAAAGAUGAUCCAUCCAUACCCAACAAAAACCCAAAAGAUCCCGAGGAGGCGGUGAAUGGGGUACCAGAGUUGAGGAAUGGAAUAACUGACGAUAUUGUUCCCUUUAUGAGCAAAUCUGAAUUUAUGGCUCUCAUAAAAGAUGACGUUCAGCUAAACACAACUAAAGGUAGCCAAACUGCAGUGAAGGAAAAGGCGCGUCGUCGUAGUUCAACUCAAAAGGAAUUACUCUAUCCAGCACGUCUUGAGAAACGCGAAUCUACCCUUUCGUCCAUUCCUGAUGUACCUGAAGAACCCACAUUACCACCAACCAACAAAGAGGCAACGCUUAACGACCCUAUCGACACAACCGACCUCAAACAAAAAUUGUUACAACUGGAACGCGCUCGUAAAGCUAUGGAGAAAAUUGAUAGCACACAAUUGCCCCCACCUCCAGCUAAGGUGCCGGUUCCCAUCGCGAACAUUCCCCUAGAUAGAGAUAGACCACAGUCCGUGGCUGGGUCGACGUCUAAUUCAUUCGUACGUGGUUCGUUCAAAUCAAAAUCGGCGCGAAAUUUUGCUCGUCCCAAGGCUCCGCUUUCAAGCUCCGUCAAUGUGACGUCAUCCGCCGAGUCGCGAUCGCAGCCUACUUCGCCGACGCCACAACGAAAGUCUCUUGAGGAGAAAGGGAAGCUGGGAAAUGGACAAUUGCAAAGAUUAACUCGUUCACCACCAUCCAGGCGUGGGUCGAGAAACGAUGCUGAUGAUGUGUUCUCAAGACUUACCAGUACCUUGACUCAAGAAUCCAAUCCAAAUGCAGGUCGUAUGCUGCCCGUUAAGCCUCCUACAGGCAGACCUGGUUCCUUGGUCUGUGUCUACGCAUCAACGGGGCAUAACAGUGCUGUAUUGUCAUUGUGCGUUAGUGAGACGACAAUGUUUACUGGCUCGAAAGAUCGUACAGUGAAAAUUUGGGAUCUUAAUACUGGAGAGGAGACGAUGUCUUUGGGGCAACAUAAACGUGAUGUUACGUCGCUGAAAUAUUGCAUUGAAACCAAGCGUCUGUUCAGUGUAUCACAGAAUAUUAUCAAGAUAUGGGACAUUCGUUCUCCCCCAUCGAAAUGCAUCAAAAGCAUCACAUCCGGUGGUGUAACCAGUGAUUCUGCCAUCAACGAUCUCACUGUCAAUCAUCCAGGAACACAUGUCUUUGCAGCGACCGGAAACACUGUGAAAAUUUGGGACUUGAACAAUUAUCAAAUGAUAGGGAAACUAGGUGGACAUGCUGGUCAUGUCAUGGCACUUCUACUGUUAGGAAAUCAAGAACCUUAUUUGAUGCUAACUGGCUCUAGGGAUCAUUACAUCAAGCUUUUUGAAUUAACUGGCUCACUUUCAGGAAUUCAGAAGACAUUUAGUCCUCGUCCGAAAAGUCCAUUUAAAAAGCUGACGAGAAAAUCCGAUCUUUUAAAGACUCCAAUACAGACCUUUGAGCCCCCACAUUAUGAUGGGGUCCAGUCUCUUGCGCUCAACGGCAAUAAUUUAUUCAGCGGGUCUCGUGACAAUACUAUAAAGAAGUGGAACUUUUCGACGCAACAAGUUCAACAGAACUUGAUAUCCGCGCACAAAGACUGGGUCUGCUCGUUGGAUUUUCUACGCUCCCACAAUGUUCUGGUCAGUGGUUGCCGUGGAGGAGUUUUAAAACUCUGGGAGCCGGAGACCUGCCAAGAAAUUGGUGAAAUCAAAGCUCAUCGACAUCCCAUUAACGCAAUUGCCACCAAUUCAUCGUUCGUAUUCACCGCAUCAAGCGAUCGCCUUAUUCGUGUAUGGAAAUCUACGGAAAUACUUGACGAACAGCUAAGUCAAAUCAGCCAAAAUCGUAGUUAGCAUUGCUAGCAAGAGCGGUAUAAUUCUGAAACUCUAUAAUUUAAUAUUUAUCAUGCAUGCAAUAUAUUUUUCUACUGAGUUUAUAUUCAAUUUUUGUACAUCGCCAUCAUUUUUCCCAUCGUGUAUAUAUAGCAUGUAGAAUUCUAUUCGUGAAUGUAGAAAGAACAAAAUUAUUAAGAUAAAUUGAUAUUUGUAUUAUUUAUAUUGGAUAAAUAUUUG